CUCAACAAACCAUCAUCGCCCUUUUGUCAGCCAUACAGGGAAGUAGGACCACACAUAGAGACGAUAAAAAAGAGGAACUCUACGAGCCAAAUUGUAGAAGGCAACCCUCCACCCAACUCUCUCUCUCUCUCUCUCUCUCUCCUCUUUUCUUUCUGAUGUCUCAUGGCUAAUAGUGAAUCAGAUUCUAAACAACUCAAUGAAGAAUCAUCAAGGGAAACCACUGUUAAGUACAGAGAGUGUAGGCGUAACCAUGCAAUCUUGAUUGGUGGCUAUGCAGCAGAUGGUUGUGGAGAGUUCAUAGCAAAAGGUGAUCAAGGUACUAAAGAAGCUCUUCUUUGUGAGGCCUGUGAUUGUCACAGAAAUUUUCAUCGAAAAGAGUUGAUCAAGAAAGGUACACCGCUUCUUGGCAGCCACCUUUUUCCUCCUCCAUAUGCACUGCCCUAUCCUCUGUGGAAACAGAGGAAUGCUUCUGGGUUUCAUCCAUUGCCUGCAGUUUCUUCAGAGCCUUCGCCUUGUCCUUAUUGUCACCACCAUUACUGUCCGCAAAAUGUGCAGAGUUUGAUCAGUGAUGAAGAGUCGGUGAUAUAUAAUGGAAGCCAGAAUGAGAAAAAGAUGAAGGCAGGGAAGAGGCCUAAAAGGGAACAUUUAUAAAUGCCAAACAACAAAAAGAUGCCAUUAUGAUCACCACCGCCAAAUUGGCCUUUUAGUUGGUGUGGAGUCUCCAAAAAGACAAGGGGCUUUGCCCUUUCGUUGAAAUGUCAAUGGUCGUUCCCUUUCAGCUAAUUGUGCUUAGGGUUGUGUGCGUGAAGCCUUUCAGUUUGGGCUCGUUUGCUUAGUUCCAAUUGCUCUUUUUUUUUUUUUUUUAGAUUUUUAUUAAAGCCCAAUUUUUCUGUGGCAUGGAGGAAAGCACAAUUUAGCAUUACAUUGCUCCAA